AGUAACGCAAAAUGAGAAGAACGUUUAACGCCACGGUGGAGGCCCGAACAACGGACUGCCUCGAAGUCACGAGACGUCUGCACAAAAGCGUGACAGAGAUUGUUAAGAAAUUGGAUGAGCAAAAGAAUCGUGCCCUGACAGUAAGCGACAUAUUUCUUUCAUCUGGAAAAAUUCAGCGUAUGAAACUUAAGGAUUAUUGCGAGAGACUGAUAUUAAAAGAUCCUAUUGGAAAUGUGCAUAAAAUAGAAGAGCUUCUCUGGAGAAAGGCUUUCUACGAUGUUGUAUACACAGCCAAGAAGUUACGGAAGGAUAACACCUGGAAUGAUGUGGAAAAAACACUGCUUUCGAUCCAUUUGGCAGUGGGUGUGGGAUAUUAUCAUCAUCUGAUAAUGAGACUGCAAACUGAAUACGAUCUAGACCUUAUUGGUGUUGUUGAUUUUGCUUUCAUUCAAAACGAAAGUAUUUCAUCAUAUGCAAGAACUAAGACAGGGCAAACUAAAACUCAUACCAAGGAGCUCAAACAGUGUGUCAUGCGCUUGAUCCAUCGAAGCUUAGUAUGCCUUGGAGACUUGAGUAGGUACAAAUUAGAAUUAAAUUCAAACUGGGAUCCAAUGAUAGCAAACAGAUAUUAUAAGAUGGCUAUAGCCAUUGAUCCAAACAUUGGUAUGCCUCACAAUCAACUUGGUACUAUAGCAGGCAAUAAAAAUUAUGGGUUAGAUGCAGUUUAUCAUUAUAUGAGAAGCGUUUUGUGUCCUGAGCCAUUUGAAGGAGCAGAAGGAAAUUUAAAGAAAAUUGUAAUAACUCAGUCGACCUAUACAGAUGAAAGCAAUUCUGUCCAUCAUUGUGUAUCGCGAUUAUUUUCUUUGUUACGUUUAUGGGAUUAUGAAAAUCCAAAUUCUGAUAAAAUAAAUCAAGAAUGCCAGGAUCUCUUAACUGAUAUAGAGAAGUGUUUAACAAUGGAUCACAUUGAGCCAAAUAAUACAAAUUCUCUUGAAAAUAUGGAUAACAUAGAAACAUAUCUUCAAAAUUGUAAAAACAGACCAACGCUUUAUUUAACAGAUGAUAUGAUGUUUAAAAUCGUGACAAUAUGUUUAAUGUCAAUUUCUAGAUUAAAAAAUAAAGAAUCCAACGAAGUACAGGGUGUCGUUGCUAUAACUUUAGCGAUACUGUCACAAUUGUUAGAGUUUAUAAUAAGAAAAUUACAAGAAAUGAUCAUAGAAAUGGCUGUGCCUAAUGUAGAAGCAACUAUGAAGGGAAAUACUUGUUCCCAGUUAAAAACUGCACAGAAAAAUCAAGCAUUAUCUGAAUCAGGAGACACCAGAAAUCACGUGAAAGAAAAAGACUCUAUUUUUAGCAAAGACAAUAAUGUAUUCAAUUCAGAUGAGACUAACAAAAUUAAAUCAUCAGAUAACGGAUUCACAAACAAAUCAGGUCCCAAAAAAACUCGCAACAAAUCGAAAAGUCUUCUCAGCAAACUUCGUAGACGAAAAAGGAGAACUAGUUCUGAUUCAGAUGCGAGCGACGUAGAUCAGUUAACAUUAGCGUCGUCCAGUGACGAAAUCAACUCUGAUGUGUCUGAAACGGAAGACGACGCGUUGAGUGAGGGAAACGAUGCAUUAUCGGACGAUAAUACAGAUGACGAAGAACACUCUCCAGAAAAUAAGAUUCAGACUAUCGAAAAUGUAGCGCAGCCAGCGAAAAAAGAGAUGAACGGCCAUGGCAGCGAUAUUGUCGACAAAACGAAGGAUUGUGAUAAAAACGAUAUAAACCAUUUGGUUAACGGACAACAGCACGCGACCAAUCAGCAGACGGAUUCGAAAGCACUGAGUGAUAGAAAUUCUGUAAUAAAUUAUGUGAGCAACAGUGCGGUAACUAUCACGAAUACUGACUCGUCUAGUACUUUCGAGGAAGGUAAUGAUCGUUUAUGCAAUGCGGACAACAUUUUUUAUAUGGCACAGUUGAAAAAGCAAAGCUUAAAAUCGGAUGACAUUUUGAAUAUAUUGAUUGACAAGGAGAUUCUUGUGUCUAUUAAAGUAUGCUGCGAUUGGCUUCGAAGUAACCCCGACAUUGUGAGGAUAUGCGCCAAGAGUUCGCGAACAUUAUUAAAACGUGUUACGAUCCUGUUAAAUCUAAUCAAUAUGAAUAUUGAAACUCUUGUGCAGAGAAGCGAAGAUUUCUCGAUUCUAUCCAGUGUAGAUAAAUUGAAAGAGUAUACGAAGAUCGUACCUCUACCAGAGGACAUUGAUCUUCGGGGGUUAAAUUUAUUAGAAAAUGCUCAUAAAGCUCUCAAUUGGCAAAUACUUCGUAAACACAAAAUGAACAAGCGGGAAGAAACACUGCUGAGGGUAUUGAAGCUAAUCGAAUUCGGACACCAUCUCUGUUCCGUAGAGAAUUCAAAAGUACAAUACGAUCAGACUCAGCAAUUGUUCACGGUGACGGACGAAAAUUCCUCAAACACUUCAAAGGUAAUAGGUUUAGACGAGAAAAAUUUCGGACCGGAAUACUCGAAACAGAAACUUAUGAAACACAUGGGCAAAUUGUGGUUGAAUGCUGAGGUUCGAGCUUUAGAGAGUCAAGUACAAUCUCGAUUGAUGUCGCCGUAUCUUGUUCCCGAUCACAAAGCUUUAUCCAAGCAUACGCCGGCUCUUAAACGCUUAGUGGAAGCAAAAAUAUUUGUUGUAGUGAUUCCCUCGGUUGUUGUUUCUGCUCUGGACGAGGUGAAACGUGUAAGCGCUCAGGCGAGAGAAGCGACACGAUGGCUGGAGGUGCAACUGAGGUGUGGCUCAAGAUUUUUACGGGCGCAGAGACCACACGAACGUUUGGCGCCGCCGUUAAUAACAGAACCAAAACCGAAGGACAAGGAAGCAUGGUUAUUUUUUCAGAUAAUAGAGUGUUGUUACUAUCUGACUCAGGAAGCGAAGGUUGGUUUUACUGGUGACGGAGAGGUACCUGUUGUAACUCUCCUGACUGGUUGUAAGCCAGACGAUAGAAGAGCUUUGGAUUUUAGUCCUGAUGGAUUAGCAGAAAGUGCAGGUGUUAAUCUGGAGCACAUAGAAUUGUUUUAUGUAAAGUGGAAAUCGUCAAUCAAGAGCUACGGUUGAGCGAAAUAUAUCACUUUUGCGUGAUUAUUUGUCGCCAGUCUCAUUCAGAGAUGUCUAUUGCUCGGGUGCUGCACAAUCGGAUUUUCAGCCGAUUAAAGAGCAAACACAGCAAGAGGGUUGGAAACCCGCAUACGGAAAAUCGACAAACUGCUGUUUGGUGAUCGGUGCCGAUAAAGAAUGUCAUUUUCCGCAGUAGAAUCUUAAGUAACCAUGUUUUUCCCUCUUUCUAAUCAUUCGUAUUGCCAUUUAUGUUUAAAAAGAUUGUAUUUUUAAGUAAACGUUUUUAAAUAAUCAGA